AUAUCAUUGCACGGGGAUGAUGUCGUGACGUGAUGACAUCCCCGUCCCGAGACCAUCGGCUUCACGAUUGUCUUCCGCCAACGUGCUGCCUUCGACCGCCAGACCCAUUUCAGCAAGUUCUUCGCUGCCAACUCGCUGUCCCCUCUCCGUUCCCUCGCCGUCCAAUGACUGAGGCGCUGACUGAGCCUUCCGGUCACUCUCCGGACCGGUCUGAGGGGAAGGGCUGCUUGAUAAUCCAUGACACCCACCUGGAAGAAUAUAAGAGCGGUCAAGAUGGCCACAAACUUCACUGAACAUCCAAAACCCCGUCCCUCAUGUCCUCCUCCUCCUCCACCUCGCAUCUCUUCGAGCCCAUUGCAGUCGGGCCCGUCACGCUGCAGCACCGGGCCGUGCUCGCACCGCUAACUCGAUACAAGGCCAGCAAGGAGCACGUCCCGUUCCUCCCGCUCGUCAAGGACUACUACACGCAGCGCGGGAGCCGCCCCGGGACGCUCCUCAUCUCGGAGGGUGUUUUCAUCGCGCCCCAGGCCGGGGGGUACAACAACGUAUCCGGAAUCUGGAACAAAGAGCAGAUCGCUGCCUGGAGGGAGGUCACGACGUCGGUGCACGCGCAGGGGUCGCACAUCUUCAUGCAGCUCUGGGCGCUCGGACGCGGCGCGCUUUCGGCCGUGCUGCGCGAGGAGAACCCCGCCUUCGACCUGGUCUCCGCGUCCGACGUGCCUAUCCCCGGGCGCGAAAGCGACGUCCCGCGUGCGCUCUCGACGGCCGAGGUGCAGGAGUACGUCGGCUUGUACGCGCAGGCGGCGAAGAAUGCGCGGGAGGCUGGAUUCGACGGGGUCGAGCUGCACAACGCGAACGGCUACUUCAUCGACCAGUUCUUGCAGGACGUGUCGAACAGGCGGACGGACCAGUACGGCGGGAGCAUCGAGAAUCGGGCGCGGUUGACGCUCGAGAUCGUCGAUGCUGUCAGCUCGGCGAUCGGCGCGGAUCGGACUGCCAUCCGCUUCAGUCCCUGGUCGCUGUUCCAGGGCAUGAAGAUGGCCGACCCGCUCCCCACGUUCUCCUACGUCAUCUCGGAGCUGGCCAAGAGACAUCCGGACCUCGCGUACCUGCAUCUCGUCGAGCCUCGUAUCUCAGGGAGCGCGACGGUGGAUGAAGAGACGCCCGAAGAAUCGAACGACCCACUGGCGGCGCUGUGGUCUCCGAGACCGCUUGUCGUUGCUGGGGCGUUGACGCGAGAGAAGGCCCUCAAGGCUACGGAGAAGGACGGUGUGCUGGUCUGCUUCGGACGUCAUUACAUCUCUAACCCUGAUCUACCUGACCGGCUGGAGAAGAACAUCCCUUUCACACCAUACGAUCGCAAUUUGUUCUAUCUACAAGGAGAGGACUCGCCUAGAGGCUACACAGACUACCCGACUGCUCAGUAGCCAUCAAUAGAAACAGCCGCAUACUUGGUAUAGUGUGUAUGUGGUACAAACGUCCGUAGAAUGUUUUCCGCGAGCAGUGUGCAGUGAUAUCCUCAGCUAAGUUCCCGGUCAAAGCGUCGCGGGGUGCGUGAGUUGACAGAUAUGUUUGUCGAUAACACUAGCCACUGGCAUAUGUCGCACGGUUGCAGUCAGCACCUCAGUUACCACCGCCAACCCCCCGUAUAGACCCCGCGGGGGUACAGGGGGCAGCUGGCCAUUUUGGGGCAGGGGGAUGGGCGGGGGUCAGGACGGGGGUCAGGACAGGGGUGCCCAUACAUACCAUGUGACUUGUCCAUAAGAGC